CCCAGCAACAAAUGCUUCGACAUUUUGCAGUUUGUGGUAUUCUAAGGCUCAAAAUAUAUGAAAGUAUCAUCCCGUUCCACCUUGGGUCGCUUCUGUAUCGUCAGCCAAAUUUCUCAAGAAUUUGUAGAUUGGCUCAAACGACGUCAGCGAUUGUGACAGAUGCCAUAGACUUUAUGAAGUAUGUUGCCCUAUAAAUGAAGCAGGACGCGUUCGUUCGGCUCCUGAGUCGUCUCUACGAAGUCACUCGGAAAGCAGCAGUGAUGCGGUUUGCUCCCAGGAAAUCUGCACAUCUGCUUGUCAUCAUUUUCGCCACGUCUGCGACCAUUAUUGGAGGAAGUGAUUGCACUGAGGUGGCGACCAAAUGGGAAAGUCUAUCAUCCUCACAAGAAGAUGGUCUGGCCUCCCUGGAUGAACCCCAAACGCUUGGAGCUCUGCCGAUCAUACCAUUUAGUUCAGACAAUCGUGAACGCGAUCCAAAGCUUUUGUUGCGUUAUGGCUUCCUACAGCACGUACCCGCAGUGAGUUCUGUCCAUGGGAGGACUGCUCGCUUUCAAAUCGUCGCUUCUUUGCCCUUAUCUACCAGUAGUAAGCUGUUUCUCAAACGUGUCAAAAGGAUCAGUAUAGACUCCUCGCCACCGGCACCGGUGUAGCUUGAGGACCACGA